GCAUGUGAGAAAAACCUGAGAAUCAAACUCUGGGUGGCACCUUUCACCACCUGUCAGGCAAUAAUGAUCCGAGUCCACACCAUGAUCGAAAUCCGACUAAUAGCAGCAUGUCACCAGGUCGAUCUCGGCACAACCUGUCUGGGGCAGCUGGGGACCAGCUGGCAGCCCAGCCUACAUAAAUCCUCUAUAUUUUCAAUAUUUCUCCCUGGUCAUAUUUAUAGGUGUUCAUGUUCUUAUUUAGUCCAUAAUACAAGAGGCAAGUAG